AUGUCUGAGUCUGAGCUGAACGUGUUGGAUGCCUUUAAAACAGGAGAAGUUCCGCAUAUCAAACCAGAAGUACCAUGUCCCUCUCGAAGCUGGCCGAGAAUUCCUGCAGGGCCCGAGCGCUUAGAGCAACUCCUAUCCCUUUGGUUCGCUGAACUGCCUGACCACAGGAAGGAUUCUUUGCGAGCGUUCUUGUCUGAUGCAGAUGUGCAAGAUUUGAUGUCUGUCGGAACUUUCUGCUCGGGCACAGAUUGUGCCAUCUUGGUGCUCCAAAGCUUUCUGAAGGCCGCCAGCAAGACUUUGAACAUCGAGGACAUCGAGCUUAACCAUGUCUUUUCCUGUGAAAGCAACGUGGCCAAGCAGACGUUCCUGAAAGACUUCUACCAAAUGAAGACACUGCACACAGACGCCUGCGAACCCAUCUCAGACCCAGCUGGAAUAGUUUCAGCAGGGUUUCCAUGCGACGAUGCGAGUCAGCUUCAUCCAAGAUCGUCCACAUAUGCACACCGUCUCUGUGGCUCACUUCGCACAGGAAGUGUGUUCAGAUCUAUUGCUGGCUACCUGGCUGAGUCAGAGACUUGCCAGGUCUUUCAAUUUGAGAACGUCAUGAGCCUAGCCGCAAAGCCCAAACCGAAACCCACCAAAGACAGCGAUGGGAAGAAAGGCGGGCCAAGUGGACCUUCGAACCUGUCAGCCUGCUGCUAUAUCCUCGACAAGCAGGCGGGCAUGUGGAGUCACUGCUGGGCCUUGGAUUCACGUGAGCACUUCGGCUCAGGCCAGCAAAGGCAGCGGUUGUACGGCUCUUGCUUCAAAAAGAAGGACCUGGCCAUGACGUUGGAUGCUGCCCAUAAAGUGCUCAAUGAAACCAUGAACUUCUUGGCCGGAGUCAGCCCAUGUGAUCCAGAAGAGUACCUCCUUGCAGAGUCCUCAGAUGUGAUCAAGGCUGAGCGAUCGGUACAGGCACUACGGGCCUUGGACGAAGCGGAAUUUCUUGUUAGCACAACGGGUGGAAAAUCCUUGUGCAUUUCAGCACUAUUUCGCACAAAUGGAACCUUACCGGGCGCAUUGAGACAUACUGGACACAAGCGCAAGCUGAAGGCUGUGCCAAGCGAUUCCUCGCCAGGGCAGGCAAAGUGGAAGAGAGACCACGCAUAUGCAUUUAGAGCUUUGGGGGAGGAGACCUUGUGUGAGCGAUGCAGCUUUCAAAGGCCCAGCAAUGCCCUGGAGGAAGCAUUUCCAGCGUUGAGCACUCUGACCCAACGUCAACUGGAGUUGCUGCGUUUGAAGGGAAUCACUUUUCCUGACUUCGAUGUGUUCAAGGUUAUUGAUCUCUCCCAGAAUUUGAGCUUCUCCGCAAUCUCAGAGAACAAAGUGCCAUGCAUAACCCCUGACGGGGCCAAGUUUCUUACGAAGCAGGUGAGAUAUCACACAGGAUUGGAAAGCCUCAGAUUCCAGGGGAUCUACCUCAACGAGCAGGUCUUGGCCAAGUACACGUCAGGGUUCCUUCAAGAUCUUGCUGGGAACGCUUUUGAAACCAGCACGCUGGCCGCAAACAUGGUGUGCAACUUCAUUUACUUGGCCGAGAACCAUCGGUGCAAAGGGCGUGCGUUGUCGGUGUCUACUUCAUUGCCUUUGACUCCGCCAGGAGGAGUCGAGCCGGGUGAAGAUUCCGACUCUGACUUUGCUUUGCCCCUCAUUUGA